AUGAAGUUUGUAGCUUUGGUAUCUGGUGGGAAGGAUUCUUGUUUCAAUAUUAUACAUUGCUUGAAACAGGGUCAUGAGCUUGUCGCACUCGCAAACCUUUACCCUUCUACCAAUAUACAAGAGUUAGACAGUUUUAUGUUUCAAACUGUUGGAUUCGAUAUUGUAGAACAGUAUACGAAAUGUAUUAAUAAUAUACCUCUAUUUAGGCAGCCUAUUGAAAAAAAUUCGUCAAAGAACGUAGAUCUAAACUACAUUGAAACGGAAGAUGAUGAGAUCGAAGAAUUAUAUACACUUUUAUUGAAGGUAAAACAAGAUAUACCCGAUUUGGAAGCCGUUAGUGUAGGUGCAAUCCUUUCUUCCUACCAAAGGACGAGAGUCGAAAAUGUUUGCCAGAGACUAAAUUUGACGGCUCUCAGUUAUCUAUGGCAAAGGUCACAAGAAGUAUUGAUGAAUGAAAUGUGCUUAAUGUCGAAACAAGAUGAUGAGCUUAAUAAAAUACAAUGUGCAAAGUUAGAUGCUCGAAUAAUUAAAGUCGCUGCUAUUGGAUUGGAUGCUUCUCAUUUAGGUAAAACAUUACCACAGAUUCUACCCGUGAUGACCAAACUUAACAGAAUGUAUGACGUUCAUAUCUGUGGCGAAGGAGGAGAGUUUGAAUCAAUGGUUAUUGAUGCACCUUUCUUCAAUGGUGGGUAUCUAGAGCUGGAAGAUGUACUACGUGACACGGAAUGCAAUAAUAACGGUGACGGUGUUUUCAGCGCUAACCUUAAGGUGAAUUUCAAGGAAAGAACCCUUCCUAACCAAUAUCUACAGCAACAGUUGGAACAUCUGCCAACUCCUUCUAUGUUCGACAAUAAAUGGAAUGAUCUUUUGGAGGAGGUCAGACUUUGUGAUCAAAAAAAAAUACCCGAUGAGAGUUUAUUCAAAGAAAAAGAAACAGAUAUUACAUUUCCCUUUUCCAUUCUUGAGAGUGGGUCGAUUCUAUAUAUCUCGAAUAUUCACACUUCUGAAAUUAUAGGAACCACUGUAGAAGAGCAGACUCAAAAUAUUUUUACUCAACUUCGCAAUACGCUUAAAAAGCAUGAAGUUUGUCCAUCUCAAAUUUUGAAUUCAAGUUUGAUACUUUCUGACAUGAACAAUUUCUCAAGAGUGAAUAUGAUAUACAAUCAAUUUUUCGAUACAUCUAGGUGGGGACCACUUCCACCGUCAAGAACAUGUAUAGGUUCCAAGAGAUUAGGACGUAAUAUCCUUGUCCAACUUUCUGUGAUCGUAGAUAAAUCCCAUGGAAUCGAACAUGUCAGAAGAGUUAAAACCAACACAUCCAUUACUAUUAACUCUGACAAGAACGGUUUACAUGUACAAGGGAGAUCGUAUUGGGCACCAUGUAAUAUUGGGCCAUACUCCCAGGCUAUAUGGAGUACUAACGAUAUAAACCAAGUUACAUAUAUCAGUGGUCAAAUUGCACUAAACCCAAGUGAUAUGACUUUAAUUGAUGAUGCAGACCAAGAAGGUCAAGCUGUUCUUUCUUUAAAACAUUUUGAUACAUUGAAACAAACCACAAACUCAUCUCACCAACUCUCCAUGAUUUGUUAUAUCACAAACUGUGAUAUGGUCGGCACUGUAUGUAAUACAUGGAGAUUAUACUGUUCUGACAUGGAUAUAAAAUCCGAUCACUGGAUGGAUACUGAAGAAGAUCCAAUCGAAUGUUUAAUUAUUGUAAGAGUAUCUGAAUUACCAAGGGGUGCGCUAUGUGAAUGGGGUGGUGUGUCAUGCAAAGAAUUGAAGACUACUGAUGAUUAUGAUACUGACUUAGAUAUUGGGAAUUUUGAGCGGAGAAGAGGCGGAGACGCUGCUUUACUAGAGUUUGCGACAAAUAUCGAAGGAUUGACUAUUACAGAGUCCUUUUGUAGAAAUACUGUAAUAUCUCAAAACACAGAACGUUACUUUGCAACAGUAUUCUGUGAUUCUGAUAAGGAAUUGAUCAUAUUUUUGAAAAAUAAGAGAGAUCGUGCCCAUGUAACCUUGUAUUUUAACCCAGACGCUUGUAAAAACUUCAAGAACCUCCAUUCUAGCGACUGCUCAUCAAAAAUUACCGUAUGUCCUGUUGACCAGGUUUUUGAUUGCUUCGGUGUAGCUCAUCAAUUUGGUUUACAUAUAUCUACAAAUAUUCGUUAA